AUGGAGGACGAGGACAUCCUCGUGCAAGACCUAGCCACCUCCAAUUGGAGGCAGUGCUCCUACUUCGGCAUCUACGACGGCCACGGGGGACGGGACUGCGUGAACUUCGUGCGUCGUCGGCUGCACAUCAACAUCAUUGCGGCCCUGCAUGCCAGGGGUGGACUGGACAAAUCCAGCCAGGUUCACCACGACAUGCACGACAGCUUGAUGCAUGGCUUCCUGAAGACGGACCAGCAGUUCCUGGGGCUCACCCAGGGAAUGGAGAACGGCUCCGGAUCCACGGCCGUGGUGGCCUGCGUCGUGGGCGGAUGGGUUUGGUGCGCCAAUGUGGGUGACAGCCGCGCGCUGCUCUGCCGAAACGGCCGGGCCCUGCAGCUGUCCUUGGACCACAAGCCCAGCCGCGCCGACGAGGCCAAGCGCAUCGAGGAGGCCGGCGGCUUCGUCUCCUUCCACCGGGUGUUGGGCCGGCUCGCGGUGUCCCGCGCCUUUGGGGACGCGGAGUACAAGGUUGGGGUAACCAGAUCUGACGUCUCGCAGCCCUUGGUUAUCGCCGAGCCCGAGAUUCGUGUAGAGCAGCUCACUCCCGAGGACGAGUUCCUCUUUAUGGCCUGCGACGGCCUCUUCGCGGUCUUCAGCUGCCAAGAGGCGGUGGAUUUCUUGCACAGCCGACUCGCAGCGAUGCCGGCGAACGAGCAGGAUCCGGAGAGAGCAGUCAGGGACAUUGUGCACGAGGCCAUACAUGAGAGGCGGUCUCGGGACAAUGUCACAGCACUUUUGGUGACCUUUCGCCGAGCUGUUCUGACCAAGCGGUGA